AAAAAAAGAAUCCAUUCCUUUGCCUUUUACCUCAAUUUUCGGUGGAAAAACCGAAUAGUAUCUUAACAGUUCUUGGUACAAGAGCGAAAACAACUUUAGCCUCGCGAUUCUCAAGACAAAAAAAAAGUAUCUCAGGGAUCUAUUCUCCUCAACAACAACAGCGGACUUAUUCUUGGUUCUCGAGCCGAUCGCAACCUUUUACUUCUUCUUCUUUCAAUAAAAAGUCAGCCACCACGGGCAACUCUACAUCUUCGUUUUCGACUGCCAUUCCGGCGUCUCAACAGUUUCAAAAGGAAAAAAUGACCCAACAAAAGACAGAGGAAGAAUGGCGUGCCGUUCUCACGCCUGAACAAUUCCGAGUACUUCGUCAGAAGGGUACAGAGAUGCCCUAUUCGGGUGAAUACACCAAGACUAGAGAAGAAGGUGUUUAUCGAUGUGCAGGAUGUCAAACUCCUUUAUACACUUCUGGAACCAAGUUUGAUGCUUGUGGAUGGUGUUCAUUCUACGAUGCCAUUCCUGGUGCUGUGGGUCGACACCCUGAUCCAGAUGGCCAUCGCGUGGAGAUUGUCUGCAAUGCCUGCGGAGGUCACUUGGGCCAUGUGUUUAAGGGUGAAGGCUUUGGAAAUCCAACUGAUGAACGUCAUUGCGUCAAUAGCAUCAGUCUCAAGUUCCAACCUGGUGACGUCUAAAAAAAAAGGCGUUUUAUUAUUUAUUUAUUCGAUCUACAUGAAUAUUCAAAAUCUGAACGAAAAUAAAGUGUUUAUUAAUUAUAGAUGAUG